GUUUUAGUUAUUGUUACAUAUUUUCUAGGAUACUAGUCUUUUUUGAUAGUUAAUCGAUUAAUUCGUUUAAAUUCGUAAUUUUCCUUUCACUAUGACCCAACAACUAAUUAAUGAAAAUAGUAAAUACAUAUUAGAUCUUUUUUCUGAGCAAACGAUUGACUCGCAAAGUUUGGAAGCAAUAUGCGCGCAGGUUCAAAAAAGGUUCCCAAGAGGGGAAUACUUUAACUUGUCACUUCUGCUAUCAUCUCUUACAACUGGUGGAGAUCUCUCGCUUCCAGGUCAGCGUGUUGUUGCACUGGCACUGAUAUUUGACUUUUUCAAAGUAGAUAAUCCAUUUAGUUCCUUAUUUUUACAUUUAUUGGAAGGCAAGCCAGGUCUGCUUCCAUUGGCACCACAGGAGAGGUUAUUUAUCGCUCAGCUACAUUCAUUUGUUCCUUGUAAUAUUAAAGAUGUGUUUAAGAAGACUGCAAAACAAGUGAUGCUGACAGAAGUGGUGAGCAAAGACCUAGAAUUUGACUUUUCAUCUCUUCAGUCAUUAGUUAAUGAUAGAAUAACUGAAAUGAGUGCAAUAGCUAAAGUCACAACCUCGGCCCUUGUGCCCCUUGGAGAUGGGUCUCCACCCAAUCGAAUGGCAAUGAAGGAGCUCUUAGAAGCCUUAAUGUCUAAUGACUAUAUUCCAUUACACAAAACAUUGAAGCCAAUUGGUCCAAUACCACCUCCACCUUUCCUGAUUGAACCAAAUGAAAUCCCCUUUGCCAAUGAAGGUGUGUGGAAGAAUUUACCAAACCGUGGUACAUAUGUGCCAUUAUAUGAUACGGAUUUAGAUGGACUGUUGGGCCUUAGACCUGAAAAGGUUGAGAAGAAAGUUUCCCAGUCACCUAAGACUAAAGAUGAAAAGAAAGAAAAGCAAGAAGAGAAGAAGAUAGAAGAAAAAGACCCUGCUAAUGUAUCGGCAGAAGCAAAAGAGUUAACUCAAUUAGCAUUAAAGGGGGUACUGAGUGUGCCACACCAACAGAGGCUGUUAGCUAUACUAGACCAGAACCCUGACAUUGUCUAUGAAAUCGGUAUCACACCUUAUCAGUUACCAGAGUUAGUAGAGAAUAAUCCAAUGGUGGCGAUAUCUGUACUUCUAAAACUUAUCCACUCUCAACAUAUCACAGAAUAUUUCUCUGUUCUCGUUAAUAUGGAGAUGUCGCUGCAUUCAAUGGAAGUUGUUAAUAGAUUAACAACAUCAGUAGAUCUGCCAGUUGAGUUUGUUCACCUUUAUAUUAGCAACUGUAUAUCGACGUGUGAAACUAUACGAGACAGAUAUAUGCAAAACCGGCUCGUGAGACUAGUAUGCGUUUUCUUACAGUCACUGAUUAGGAACAAGAUUAUAAAUGUUAAGGAAUUAUUUAUAGAAGUAGAAGCAUUUUGCGUCGAGUUUAGUAGAAUUCGUGAAGCGGCGGCAUUGUUUAGAUUACUUAAACAAUUGGACUCGGGUGAGCAUAAAGAAAAAGAAUAGCAUUUUGCAUGUGUAUACACCAACAGAAGACUGAAAAAACAAGGCAAAUGUCUUACUGUUUUUAUUCACACUGGCAGGAUCAUCUCAGUGUUAAGAGACUUUAUGCUGUAUUGUCAAUUUAUUAUUAAUGUAGUUGUAACUAGACUUAAGUGACAAGCCUGUGGCAAAUGACAACAUUUUACACCUCAUAGAAAAAUAUCAGUCAUGAGAAUAUUAUAGUUUUAAAUAGA